AUGGUCCCGUUUCUGGUGAAUGGAGUGGAAGCCAUGGGUCUCAUCGACACCGGGGCGACAAGCUCAUCAAUAAACUGCGAGCUGUCAUCUGAUCUACUGACCACCCACUCUCGAACUUUCGUUGGCUUCUCUGGCAAACCUCAGCACCUGUACCAAACUGUUCCGCUCCCUGUCCAACUGGCAGGACAGACUUUUAAUCAUGUUUUUACACACUCUCCUCAGACUCCCGUUAACCUUCUUGGGAGGGACCUCCUCAUAAAGACUCAAGCGACCAUCCUCUGUUCACCGUUGGGAAUUGAAGUUCGUUUCCCAAAUGGACACACCAUGACGUGCUGUGACUCCGUGUCAACGCCAGGACAUUUUUUAAUGUCCGAACUUCCAGUUGUCGACCAGAUGGCCGACAUCUAUUGGGCUUUGUUACAUCCUGAAUCCUAUGACGAGCCAGGUCUGUUUUCGGCGUUCCAGCUCUGGCGUCCGUGGAUCCUCUCCCUCCGACCCUACCUACCCCCGCCUGACCCCCUUCACUGUACUCUGUUGUACGAUCGAGAUGGAACUGAGAUAGCGUACGCAGAGAAAUUCAGAGGAAUUGAGGGAAAUCAGUGGAAACUAUCUUCAUCCUCUAUAAUUGUUGGUCCAGAAGGGGUCGCAGGGACCUGCGACCUGACUCCUGACCAACAGAUCUGGUAUCAAAUGGCGGCGUCAGCCGCGCCACACAUUUCUCUUGCCCUGUCUCCAGGACAUGCUGCCAAAGAACUGGGACCCAUGAUGAAACGGGCGUCGACAUUAACUGACUGGCGACAAUCUGACUUGCCACAGGUUACGUUUUCACCAUCAACAAAAAUGUAUAAGAUCAUGUUUGAACCCACGACAAACUCAUCCAUCCUUGAGCAUGUUUUCAUAGACAGACAACAUGGACGGGAACAUACAGACCACGAGGAAGCUGCCUCCAUGCUCACCUCAUUGCCACAAUCCUUGUGGUCAGCCGGUCCUUUUGACGUAGGACAUUGUACAUCCACGGCUGCUGUACAGAUCAAGGUGGUCCCCGAUUCACAUGUGCGUCGACACCAGUACAGAUGGACCCCCGACGCAGAUGAAGGUAUGGAAAAUACCUUGACAGGACUGUGGCACUCGGGAGUCCUCGAGCUUUCGGACUCUGACUGGUGUACUCCCCUAAGGCCGGUCCUGAAGGCAGACGGUAAGUCUUACCGGAUGGCCCAUGAUCUCCGAGCCGUUAAUGACGUCACCACCACACCUGUGCUUCCCGUUCCUGACCCACACAGGAUGUUAGCUUCCAUCUCCCCGCAUUGCCAGUGGUUUUCGGCUAUCGACCUAGCUAAUGCUUUUUUCUGCAUUCCUUUACAUCCUGAAAGUAGAAAAUAUUUUGCAUUUCGCUAUAAGGGUGUUAAUUUGCAAUACACCCGCCUCCCUCAAGGAUUUAAAAAUUCUCCAGGGAUAUUUAACCAAGCUCUUAAAGCUCUUUUGUUUGAUUUAGUUCUUCCUCAGUCAUGUUCAUUAAUGAUGUAUGUGGAUGAUCUCCUUGUCUCCGCCCCCAGCUCAGAAGCAUGUCUACAGACCACUGAGUUGGUACUCCGCCGGCUGGCCGAGCUGGGCUUCAAAGUUUCUCGACAGAAACUACAGUGUUGCCGAAAGGCGGUCACAUUCCUGGGACGAUUGGUGUCCGCCCAGGGUUUGUCUAUGUCAUCCGAACACCGUCUCACCAUUCUUCAGCACAAGCGACCUGAAACAGUUCGCGAAAUGCUGCAGUUUCUGGGUUUGUGUGGUUACAGUCGUAAUUACAUUCCCUGUUUUACAGACCGGACCACCCCCCUACGAGCCUUGGCUAAGGCAGUGGGGCUCUCCAACCUUUCGGCGUCAUUAACUUGGACCCCGGAAGAAGACGCGCUGUACACCGCUUUGGUCAGGGACCUGGCCACUGCUGCUGCACUAGCAACACCUGACUACUCUCAACCAUUUAAGCUGGACGUGAGUAUGUCUCCGACUACAGCUAAUGCUGUCCUUUUCCAGACUAUACAGGGCCAACGCCGUGUACUGAUGUACUGUAGUGUUCCGCUUGACUCCAUUGAGGCUCGCCAGCCCCUGUGUACACGUUUUGCAGCAGGACUGGCGAAAGUCAUCCAGAAGACUGCACACUUAGUCAUGAGUCACCCUUUGACCAUCACAACGGACCAUUCAGUGACAGCUUAUGUCUCCUCACAAUCCUUCACAAUGUCCUCAUUGCGUCAGACUCGUCUCCUAAAGGUCCUAACAGCUCCGAAUCUCCAGUAUGUGCAUGAGGGCAUCAACAUGGCAGAAACAAUGCAGCUGGAUCCACACAACUGCUCCGUGGCGGUGGGAAAGGAUCUCCGACCCCGCCCAGACACACACACCACACCACUGAACACAGGCAUACACCUCUACACUGACGGAUGUUGCUUCAGGGGUGCUUCUGGGGAAUUAUUUGCAGCAGCUGCUGUAAUAUGGGACAGGGGGACCGUGUUUGAUGUGUACACCACGCAGGUUUUGCAUGACCGACCUUCAGCGCAAGCAGCUGAAGUCCUUGCCAUAGUGUUGGCAUUGGAAGCAUUCCCAGGUCAACCAAUCACUGUUUAUUCUGACUCAGCCUAUGCCGUCUCGGCCGCGCUCCUCGAUCUCGCCUGUUGGAAGCGGAACGGCUGGCUGUCAGCCAAAGGCACUGAAAUAGCUCACAAAUCAUUGAUGGAGCGUUUAGAUCGCGCUCUCACACUUCCAUCACAACUGGCAAUCGUCAAAAUCCCUGGUCACUGCAAGUCUGGCUCGCGCAUGGCCCAGGGCAAUGCAGCUGCUGAUCUCGCAGCCAAGGAGGCGGCUGGGUAUCACCCCCAUUCCGCCAUCAUGGUGAGUAUCCCGACCACGGCCAAUCCGCCUCCUGGUCUCUUGCCAUGGCCGGAUAUGUCUCAACUGAGUCACAUGCAGCACGCAGCCUCGCCAGAACAGAAGUCUGUGUGGCUUGCAGGAGGGGCCCGCCGCACCUCAGACAACCUUUGGGUGGGCCCACGAGGAACUCCUGUACUUCCAGGGGACAUAAUGACAGCUGUUUUGACAGAAGCACAUUCCCCUGCACAUGUUGGCUCCUCAGCCAUGAUGUCUCGACUCACUAUGUGGUGGCAUCCCCACCUUCGAGAUAUGUGUUCUACUUUUGUUUCACAGUGUUCCACUUGUCAGGACUUUAAUGUCCGACCAACUCUUCGCCCGACGCCGGGGGCCUUCCCGACCCCAACCUGGCCUGGGGAGGAAAUUGUCAUUGAUUACACGGACAUGCUCACACCUGUGAGAGGUAAGCGCUACCUCCUCGUUUUUGUAGACUCUUUUUCAGGAUGGCCUGAGGCGUAUCCGUGCGCCAAGGAAGAUGCUGUGUCAGUGGUCAAAGCGCUCAUCAACCACUAUAUUCCGACCCAUGGGUUUCCAGCUAGGAUCAGGUCUGACAAUGGCACACACUUCAGCAACAAACACCUGAGAUUGGUGGAACAGACCUUGGGUCUGUCCCACAGCUUUGGUUGUGUUUACCAUCCUUCUUCACAGGGCUCUGUGGAGAGAAUGAACCGCACUCUAAAGGAAAAACUUGCAAAAAUUUGCUGCACCACAGGCAUGGACUGGGUGUCAGCUCUGCCGCUGGCAUUGUUGUCGGUCAGACAGUCAGUUAAUCGCAGGACUGGGUUUACUCCGUUUGAGUUAAGGACUGGCCGUCUUAUGCCAGGUCCUGCGUCCUCGGUUCACCCGUUCGAGGACGUCCCCUCUAACCCACGCUCGCUUCUCCAGUAUUGGAAACUGGUGCAUGCUUUGUCUGCCGCUUAUUGUGCACAGGUCAAGGACGCUUCUGGUCGUCCCACCCCUCCACCUGCUGACCUACCUGAGUGGACGCACGUCUACGUAAAGCGCUUCUCCCGCCGGUGGCACGAACCACGGUGGUCUGGUCCAUUUCGCGUCACUGCACGCACACACACUGCCGUCCGGCUGGACGGUAAAGGGACGAAAUGGUUCCACUUCUCGAUGAUCCGCCCUCACGAGCCAUGACGGGCUUG